GACAACAUCAGUCCAGAAGUGUUGGGAAGGAAGCUGCAGGAAACUCUUGGUGUGGAGCGACACGCAGCAGAAGACCGCAGAGACCAGUAAACUCAAGAGAUUACCGUCCACAAAUCCCGGCUGCAGGAACACUGUCCGAUUUUGUGAACACCUACAGUUGCCUGGUGGGAGGCUUGUUGGUGGGAGGAUCGUGACAGUCUUUUCAUUCCUUUCUUCAGCCCUGCUGCAUGCGCUUGUCCGGAGGAUUGUAAGCAGCUGUUUGAGAAGUGCCACAAAAUGCCAGGCGAUGGGUUCACAAUUAAAAGUCGCCUCAGGAAUUUGCUGCGUUCUCCAUCGAUCAGACACAAGAAGAACAGGAAAGAAACUCUCACCAGCAAGGUGACUUUAGAGAAGGUGCUAGGAAUCACAGCUUCAGGAAACAGCGGUCUGGCCUGUGACCCUCGAUCUGGUCUGGUUGCCUAUCCUGCAGGGUGUGUGGUAGUUUUGCUCAAUGCCAAAAAGAACAGACAGCACCACAUUAUAAACACGUCAAGGAAGACCAUCACAGCUCUUUCUUUCUCCCCCGAUGGCAAGCACUUAGUCACAGGAGAGAGCGGUCAUCUACCAGCGGUGAGACUAUGGGACGUGGCAGAACGGAGACAGGUGGCGGAGCUCCAGAGGCACCAGUAUGGUGUAUCCUGCGUGGCUUUCUCCCCCAACAACAAAUAUAUUGUCAGUGUGGGAAACCAGCAUGACAUGAUGGUCAACGUCUGGGCAUGGAAGAAAGAUGUAGUUGUGGCUGCCAACAAGGUGUCAAGUCAGGUGACGGGUGUGUCUUUCUCCGAGGACAGCUCCUACUUCGUCACUGUGGGGAACAGACAUGUCAAGUUCUGGUAUCUGGAACACUGCAAGGCCAGCAAGGCCAGCGCUCCUGUCCCUCUGCUGGGCCGCUCCGGGCUGCUGGGGGAGCUGAGGAACAAUUUCUUCUGUGAUGUGGCCUGUGGGCGGGGCUCUGCAUCUGACUCCACCUUCUGCAUCACCUCCUCUGGGCUGCUGUGCGGGUUUAACAGCAAGAGGACGCUGGACAAGUGGGUGGACCUGCGGACGGGCGUGGCUCAGUCCCUGUCUCUGUCUGAGGAUAUAAUCUUCUGUGGCUGCUCUGAUGGAACGGUGCGAGCCUUCGGCCCCGUCGACCUUUGCUUCAUCUGCACGCUGCCCCGGCCGCAUCACCUCGGCUCUGACGCUUCAGCCAUCACGGAGGCCAGCCACCUGUUUCCUACCAAGACGGACGCCCGUUACCCAGACACCAUUGAUGUGACCUAUGACCCCGUCAGCCAGUGGCUCAGCUGUGUGUACAAUGACCACAGUGUGUAUGUGUGGGAUGUGACAGACAUCAGCAUGGUGGAGAAGGUGCACUCUACCCUCUUCCAUGCUGCCUGUGUCGGGGACCUGGAGAUGUUCCCAGAUGUUCCUGGUGAAUUUGCUACUGGUCUGUCAUCAGGGGCAUUCCUUAGUUGCUCAGCUGAUAACACCAUCAGACUGUGGCGCACGUCAGACUGGACACAAACUCAUGUUCAUUCUCCAAACAUCCUCAGCACUGAUCUCCUGAAUAUAAUCUACAUAGAUGAAAACACCAGUGCCUUGCUGGAUCCAGAGUGUUUGACAAACAUGAAUGCAGACAAACCUGGAGACGGACAGGCAGCAGAAAGUAGGACGGGCAUCAGGACCAUCUGUGUAAGUCCAGACGGCAAACAUCUGGCAUCUGGAGAUCGCAACGGGAUGCUGAGGGUUCAUGACCUCAGCAGCAUGGAGGAGAUCCUGAAAGUAGAGGCUCAUGAUGCUGAGAUCCUCUGUCUGGAAUACAGCAAACCACAAACCGGUCUGAAGCUGCUGGCCUCCGCUAGCAGGGACCGUCUGAUCCACAUCUUGGAUGCGGAGGACAACUACAGUCUGGUGCAGACUCUUGACGAGCACUCCUCAUCCAUAACAGCCGUCCGCUUUGCUGCCGAUGACAAUAAGGUGAAGAUGAUCAGCUGUGGGGCAGACAAGAGCAUCUAUUUCCGCACUGCACAUCAGACGGACAGAGGAACAGAGUUCAGGCGUUCUCACCACACGGUGAUGAAGACCACGCUGUAUGACAUGGGUGUGGACCCAACCUGCCACGCUGCUGUCGGCUGCCAGGACCGAUCCAUCAGGAUUUUCAACAUCAGCAACGGCAAGCAGGAGAAACUCUACAAGGGCUCCCUGAGCGAGGAUGGCAGUGUGCUCAGGGUCCAGCUCGAUCCGUCAGGUCAAUACGUGGCCACCAGCAGCUCUGAUAAAAACAUCAGCAUCUUUGACUUCGACACCGGGGAGUGUGUCGCCACGAUGGAUGGACACUCUGAGAUUGUCACUGGGCUGAAGUUUACCAACGACUGCAGGCAUUUGAUUUCUGUGUCAGGCGACAGCUGUAUCUUUGUGUGGCGACUGGCUCCAGAGCUGACAAUCAGGAUGAGAGAGCGGCUUUGCCAGCUCCGGCAAAACCCAAACACACCACCCUGCAACUCCUCCAGUCUCAGGCAGGAGAUGUACAGUUUCUCUGACAGCGACCAUGAAGAGGAGAACGAGGACAGCGCAGAUAACAACCACCCAGAAUUCAAUGCAGACAUUACUUCCUCUGACAGCAGCCAUGAAGAGAAGGACUCAGGUGGCUCAGAUGAUAGUCAGGACUGGGAGCUGACACAGCAGGAAGUCGUCAGCCAGGUCACACCUGAGCCUUCUAAACGUCCUCGGAGGCGCUGGUCUCAGCGCAUAGGCGCUCUGGAGCUGAAGGUGAAAUCCAUGCUGGACCUGAGACACCUAGAGAGCUUUACCUAUAAGAAGAACCCCAACUGCUCACCUCAUGCCAGAGAGAGAGGGAGCACGUUCAGCCUCCAGGAGCCCAUGCUGCAGUUUGAGGAGAGAGCCAACAGGCAUCAGCCCUGGCCACACUCUGCCUGGCUGCCCUCACAUCCAUCCAAGGGCACUAGGGGGUCUGACGGAGCGCCACUGAACUGUGAGGGGAGCGAGGGUGAUGCUAGUCUGGAGGGCAGUGAUUACACGGUGAAGGAGCAGCGCUGCAGGAGGCAAGGACGAGGGAUCCGCAGUGGGAGUAAGGACAGUCGCAGCCCGGACAGUGCCUGCUCACUGGGAUACAACAGCAGGGACUCCAGCCAGAACGGUGUCCUGGACGAUUCUGCAGAUGUAGAGUCCCUGAACCAAGACAGCUCUGAUGAGGAGAAUGAUGAGAGGGAGGAAGAGGAGCAGAAGGCAGAAGUGACAAGUAUGGACGAGGCUUUGAGGAAAGUGACUGACACUUCUGACCACGGCAGAGAAGAAUCCGACAAGCAGAACAUUAGGAGUCUGGAAGAGAGCCGCCGAUUGAUGGAGCAGAGCAGAGUCCCCCGGCUCAGUAUGUCUUCACGCUUCCUGGCCAGAGGACAUAAUAACAGGAGCUUGCCUACCUUUGCCAAUUUGCAUGAUCAGGAACAAUGCAGCCGCUUUGCUAAGCCUCCAGUGUCAAAAGUGCUACCCUUGAUGGAAGAUGAGCUGAGCAGAAACACGGAAUACAAAACCCCUGGCAGGAUCGAAGGACCAAACAGGGCAGAUGCUCCUGUCCUCAGACCCGUGAAGAGGAGAAAGACUUCAUUGUCCAACCUGUGGAGGAUGUCCAACCAACCAUCUAAAGCUCCUCUGAUGCUGAACCCAGCCACAUGUUUACAGAAAUCACACUCUGUCCAGAACCUGGCCUCAGACCCUCCUCGCUCACCUGUUCCCUCAAGCAACUCUUUUGAGUUGCGCAAGAGACUUCAGCAACUUGUCCUGGAUCAAGACAAUCCCCAACCUUCCUUAGACCUUUCUUCACCCUCCUCUGGAUCCCCUCGAUCUCCCUGCUCUCCCCUGCUCUGGGAGAGCACCAAACUCAAGUCCCGAAACUCCUACAGGAAACCCACUGCAAGCUCCAAGGCCAAAGGUAGUCGUUCCAGCUCGCUGGGAGACGUCAGGCAGAUGGGCUCUCCGCCUUGCUCGUCGCCACCGCUCGGGGUCAGGAGGCCGCGUGGGGAGAUGGAGACCGGAUCCCCCUUGCCAACCUCAUCCUCUAUCAACAGUUUCUCCUUUAAUAUCUCAUCACCAUCUUCCCUCUCAGAAUUUCCUCUAUCAGACAGUCCCUCUCCUCCCCCUCCCACAGAGGCAGUUUUGCCCUCUCGUUUUGCUCAGAACUUACCGCCAACACGCAUCCCACUUCCCAGACAGCCUCUCAGCCCUCGCCGCAGCAUAUGCCUCGAUGGGACUCAAGUGAGGGCGUCUACACCCUCCGCACACCCUGGAUGUGAGGUCACAUCAACUCCAGGAAACAGAGGACUGGACAGGAAACUCUCUAAGUCUCUAAGUUCGGAUACUUCUUUGCCAAGUUUACUACCAGUGAGGCAGAAGACAGACUCUGUUUCAGAGAGUGUCAAAGAACCAUCACUGGUGGCCAUGGCCAGAGAGUGCCCUCUGGUGCCCGAACAGGUCCACACAUCCAGCGCUGAUCCCAAGCCAGAUCACUCCAUCACCUUGGAAACCUGCAGGCAGGCUGCUACAGAGCUUCACAACAGUCUGAGGAAAACUGCCAUGCUCUACACUACGAUACUACAAUGCGACCCGCAGCACGGGGAAGAUCAGACAGAGAUGAGGUGCAUCCUGUCCAAGGCCCUGAUCAAGGUCAAGGCUGAGCUGGACUCUUUAUCACCCCCUUCCUCUCUAUCUGAAGGGCCCCCAGUGGACCAGGGGGUCAAAGGUGAAGGAGAAAAAACCCUGGCCCUGCUGGAGCAGUACGCUGAGCUGCUGCUGAAGUCUGUGGAGAGGAGACUGGACACUAAGACGUGAGGACUGAAGUUGAUGCCACGUGUAUGUACUGUACGCACAUAUAGCAGCACUGGGAACAGCACACUUGUUUUAUCUUUUUAAAACUUUAUUUAUUGACUGAAUGCAGAUGGGAUGUGAUUAUAUAUUUGGAGAAACUGAGUUAAUGAAUGCUGAAUGAGUAUUAUACA